AUGGCAACUCAGAAUGUUGACGAGGCUGUUGUGGCCGGCAACCUCUUCAACGUUGAUGGCCUUGUGGCUUUCAUCACAGGCGGUGGCACUGGUAUUGGUCUCAUGAUGGCGAGAGCUUUGGCCAAAAAUGGUGCUCACAAGGUCUACAUUGGCGGACGACGACUCGACGUACUGGAAGCUGCCGCAGCCUCCCUGGGCGCAAAUGUUGUGCCAGUCAAGUGUGAUGUAACAUCCAAGGAGAGUCUCCAGGCGGCCGUCGAUUUUAUCAAGCAAGACACCGGCUAUCUGAACGUUUUGGUCUGCAACUCAGGCGUUGGUGGGCCUCAGUCCGUCCAGCUUCAGGAGGACACAACACUCGAGGAGUGGGCAGACUCAAACUGGGACAUUAGCUUCGAGGAGCACACUGAUGCUUUUGCCGUCAAUGCCAGCGCCGUCUGGUUCACUGCCAUAGCCUUCUUGAAGCUCCUCGACGCAGGAAACAAGAAGGGCAACUUGGAGCAAAGCUCUCAGAUCAUUGUCACCAGCUCCAUUGCCAGUUUCAACAAGGCAGCUCCAGGAGGCUGGGCGUAUGGCCAAUCCAAAGCUGCAGCAACACACAUAGCCAAGCACCUUUCAGCUGCCCUGCCGAGGUGGAAUAUCCGGGCCAACUGCAUUGCUCCAGGAUUGUUCCCGAGCGAAAUGGCCGCACCCAUCGUUAACCGCUUCAACGAAAACUCGGAUACUCCAGGCAAAGUGCCAGCGCAGUUCAUACCCAUGCAGAGAAUGGGAAAUGAUCAGGAUAUGGCGGGAACUAUUCUGUACUUGAUUUCCAAGUCAGGGGCUUACUGCAACGGGCUGGUCAUUGUCAUCGAUGGAGGUCGACUUUUGCGGUUCCCAUCAUUGUACUAG